AUGACCAAUUCGGAAAAUGCAGUAGCGCAGAUCACUCAAUCGACAGGGUCAACCCUGCUGCCGCGUCCAGUCGCAUCAUUGAUAUCCCUGAUAACCCAGUCAACAUCGCUCUCAUUACGCUUGGGGACGUUCUUCGGCGGAGCAGCCAUAGAUGGCGCCCGGGCUACUACGCUCACCAGCCUCGAACUGAGUAGAGCCUUGGUAGAAGGCAUCCUGACCAGGGCAGGGCGAGAUGUCGCGAUCCGAAGUGGCGACGAACAUGGCAGGACAGAAGCAGAGUCGCUGCUUGAGCGAAGUUUGGCCACGCUCCACACAACCGUGACCUCGGCAUCGUUUUUCGCUGCUGCGUCAUUCCAUUUUUCGUCGACAACGUUGUCUUCCAUCUCCCAUCUAUCACAGGCACUCUUGUCAACUCUGGAUGCCAUCCUUGGAUCAACCGAGUCUUCCAGAGCCAUUGCGGCCAUCAUCACGCUCAUUCGGCGUGAAUUCAGAUCUAUCGAGCCCGGUGCGAGUGCCGAGAAGAUCGGCGUUGGAGAUCUCCUUGUUGGGUCUCUGGGAUUCGCGCUCCUGCAGCGAUGGGGAAGAAAGAACACCGAACGUCAUCUGCGCCAGAAUGCCGGGGACGAGGUUGUUUGGGAUGUCGUGAUCUUGGACAACGGUGCAAGAGCAGAUGUGAUCGGCUCUCAUCAGCUGUCUUUUCCAGAUCGUGGGAAUGAGGAACCGCUUGAGCCCGAUAGCGCGUCCUUUGUGAUGCCGGGCAAUGGCGAGGAAGCUUUCGAUGCGAUCCGACGUUCUAGCGUCUCGGAUGCUCUGGAGCGUUGUCGCUCGAUGCCCUUAGAUGAGCAACAGCAGGUCUCUGAUGAAGACGUUCGUGCUUAUAUCAUGAGCCAGCUUCCUCAAGGCUGUCAUGCAUCAAUCAAGUCGGAACUCUUGACCGCGCGAACAAUCACGGUUGAUAUCUAUGAUGACGAUAUGGCCGAGAUUGCAGCACCGCCGGGGACGAAGAUGAUUGAGGAACGAUUUCACCACGAUUAUGAUUCUGGAGAGACGCUCAUGGUGAAUGGUCAACAAAGGUUCCCACGGCAGACUGUGGUGUUUAGGACAGCCUUCAACAAAUCCCAAAGCACUCAGCUGCGGCCUGAUGAUGGCACGGGUAUUGCAAAACUACCUGAUGCCGCUCACCACCGCGUGUCAGUCAACAAGCCACUGCCUGAAAGCCCUAUAAUCCCCCAACAUAGCCGAUCUCGCUCGCAUCCUGACACACAUGGCCCUAUCAAGAGCCAAAUACCCGACUCCCCCAGUGAAACCUCCAAGCCUGGGCUCGGCAAGGGCCUCACCAAAUUUGCACAACUGGUCAAGCCAGGUAGCAUAGAGAAAAGCGACCCCAGACGGCCGCUGGCAAAAUCUCCAAAAUCUCCAAAAUCCCCGGUGUCCGGAGCACCUGCUCCUCGUCUGCCUCCCAGACCUACCAAUAGACCUACAAAAGGAACGGCUUCCGUAAAGGAAGCCACUGCCCGAGAGGUUUCUGCCAGACCUGACCUCAAGAAGAGACGAACCGAACCUCCAGACUAUCGACCCGCGACCCCAGCACCAAAUCGAGGGUUGCGAAGGUCACAUUUUCCCAACUCGCCUCAAAGACCACAGCCCCAGUCACAAAAGCAACAUGGCCCAUCUGAUGACAUUUCUCCAAGAGCCACACGCGGAGGUCACUUCACUCUGAAACGCAGCGGCCAAGAGUCACUGCUUACUCAAACAGACGCUUUCAUGACCCGCCGUGGUGCUGACCUUCGUCCUGGGUCUCCUGCCACGACCCAGACUCAUGUUCGCAGUAGUAGCUCGAUGUCUAUUACAAGAUCAGAAGCAGAUGGAAGGCAAUCAGCAAACGACGGUCGGCCCGGAUCCUCAGCUCUACAUUGUAGAUCUCACUCCUAUACCCCAAGCAUAUACUCGAUGGCAACUGCGGGAUCCGAGACAUCGCUUUUGCUUGCUCAUCGGCCUCGCAAGAGUGCCUAUGGAGAUACAGACACCAUCCAGGCUCUGAACCGAGAUGGCAUCGUCCCAGGGAUUUUCCCGGAGAGGCAUUUUGUGCAGAAUAUCAGGCGGUUUUGUCGGUUCUCAUCUGCUUCAUAUGGUUCGAACGCACUCAAGGUCAUGGGUGUCCCAAGAGACCCAAAAAGCCUGCCUAAUACCACAUCCGACGGCCACGUUCACAGUGCCUUCACAGAGAACGCCGGUCUUCCACCGUCUACCAUCCUCCUCUCGUCCUUCGUGGAUCCAGCAGGCGGUUCGAAUGCUGCCGGCGAGACAGACACAGGCUUUCCGCUCGUCCACUAUCUCUCUAUAGACCAUGACUCUAAAGCCAUUGUCCUCACCCUUCGCGGGACCUGGGGGUUUGAAGAUAUCCUCACGGACAUGACCUGCGACUACGACGAUCUAGAAUGGCAAGGCAAAAGCUGGAAGGUGCACAAAGGCAUGCAUGCCUCCGCGAAGCGUCUUCUAGAAGGAGGCGGCGGUCGCGUAAUGAUCACUCUGCGAGCUGCUCUCGAAGAGUUCGAAGACUACGGUAUCGUCCUCUGCGGUCAUUCUCUCGGCGGCGGUGUCGCAGCCCUCCUAGCAACGAUGAUCUCAGAGCCCAAUCCCAUCCAGACAGGCACCUCCUUCAUAACAUCCUCAUAUCGUCCUCGUCUGCCAGUUUCCACCUCAGACAACACUGUGCCUACCUACACGCUCCCACCAAACCGUCCCAUCCAUGUCUACGCCUACGGUCCACCAGCCGUCAUGUCGCCCUUCCUCCGCGUCGCCACCCGAGGCCUCAUCACAACCAUCGUCAACGGCUCGGACAUAGUCCCCAGCCUCUCACUUGGAAUUCUCCAUGAUAUGCACACGGCCUCACUCUCAUUCAAAGACGACACAGGCGCCAAAUCACACAUCCGCCAGCGUCUGCGCGACUCACUGCGCCAGAGCAUCAUUCAUAAAUUCUACGUCAAUCAGCCACCACUGGUCGUGAAUGCCGGCGAUGGCGUCGGCGAGGACGCCUGGGCAUGGAAAACGCUGAACUUGCUACGUGACGAGAUGCGCGCACCAAAACUCAUGCCUCCGGGUGAGGUUUUUGUCGUUGAGACCAUGCGUGUUUUGCAAAGAGAUGCUUUUACGUUGCCUGAUCUUGAUGGGGGUCGGCUUGGCAGACCGGCGACUCGGGUUCAGUUGAGAUUUGUGAGAGAUGUUGAUACUUACUUUGGGGAGUUGCGUUUCGCCAGUGGGAUGUUGAGUGAUCAUAAUCCGGCCAGGUAUGAAACUAGCCUGGCUGCGUUGGUGAGAGGUGUUUUGGAUGAGUAG